GGAGGGCGGGGAGAAAGCGGAGGGAGGGAGCGAGCGAGCGAGGGGGGCAAGUGGGGGACCAGCACCAGCACCAUGAGACGGCGAGCUGGCCUGGGGGGCAGCAUGAGGUCAGUCGUGGGCUUCUUGUCCCAGAGGGGCUUGCAGGGAGACCCUCUGCUCACCCAGGACUUUCAGCGGAGGCGCCUGCGAGGCUGUAGAAACCUCUACAAGAAGGAUCUGCUGGGCCACUUCGGUUGUGUCAAUGCCAUUGAAUUCUCCAACAAUGGAGGCCAAUGGCUGGUCUCAGGUGGAGAUGAUCGUCGAGUUCUGCUCUGGCAUAUGGAACAAGCAAUCCACUCUAGGGUCAAGCCUGUUCAACUGAAAGGAGAACAUCACUCUAAUAUCUUCUGCCUGGCUUUUAAUAGUGGUAACACCAGAGUCUUUUCUGGAGGUAACGAUGAACAGGUUUUGCUUCAUGAUGUCCAAAGUGGUGAAACUUUGGAUGUGUUUGCCCAUGAAGAUGCAGUCUAUGGACUGUCAGUGAGUCCAGUUGAUGAUAAUGUUUUUGCAAGCUCAUCUGAUGAUGGUCGAGUUCUCAUUUGGGAUAUCAGAGAGUCUUCUCAGGGAGAGCCCUUUUGCUUGGCAAAUUAUCCUUCUGCCUUUCAUAGUGUGAUGUUCAAUCCAGUAGAACCCAGAUUACUGGCCACUGCCAACUCAAAAGAAGGCGUAGGACUUUGGGACAUUAGAAAACCUCAAAGUUCCCUGCUCCGGUAUGGUGGGAAUCUAUCACUACAGAGUGCCAUGAGUGUGCGGUUUAACAGCAAUGGAACACAGCUGCUUGCUCUCAGGCGUCGGUUGCCACCAGUCCUUUAUGACAUCCAUUCCCGUCUGCCUGUCUUCCAGUUUGACAACCAGGGUUAUUUUAAUUCUUGUACCAUGAAAAGCUGCUGUUUUGCAGGAGAUCGUGAUCAGUACAUUCUCUCGGGGUCUGAUGACUUCAAUUUAUACAUGUGGAGAAUUCCUCCAGAUCCUGAAGCUGGUGGGAUUGGCAGAGUGGUUAAUGGGGCCUUUAUGGUGCUGAAAGGUCACCGUUCGAUUGUGAACCAAGUCCGAUUUAACCCCCAUACCUACAUGAUCUGCUCCUCAGGUGUGGAAAAAAUUAUAAAGAUUUGGAGCCCUUAUCGACAACCUGGUUGUACGGGAGAUCUUGAUGGUAAAAUUGAAGAUGAUUCACGUUGUCUCUAUACACAUGAGGAGUACAUUAAUCUUGUAUUGAACAGUGGCAGUGGCCUGUCUCAUGAUUAUGCCAAUCAGUCAGUCCAAGAGGACCCACGAAUGAUGGCCUUCUUUGAUUCCUUGGUCCGUCGGGAAAUUGAGGGGUGGAGUUCUGACUCCGACAGUGACCUCAGUGAAAGCACUAUCCUGCAGUUCCAUGCUGGAGUAAGUGAACGCUCAGGCUAUAGUGAAUCUGAGUCCUCUACUUCUCUCCGUCAUUCCCCACCUCAUAUGACAGAAGAAUCUGAUGAACCUGCCUAUAACUUGGGAACUUUGAGAUCCACUGAAUCUCCAUCACCCAGAGAAGCUGUGGCUUCUCGUCAGCAACGGUUAUCUGCACUUAGGAGAUAUCAAGACAGACGCCUCCUAGCCCUUUCCAAUGAGUCUGACUCUGAUGAAAACACCUGUGAGACUGAGCUGGAUGCUGAUCUUUUCCCAAGACCAAGGUCCCCUAGUCCUGAAGAGAAUGAUUCAAGCAGCUCCAGCAGUAGCAGCAGCACAGAAGAUGAUGAGGAAUUGAAUGAGCGACGUGCCUUAACCAGGCAGCGCAAUGCUCUGAGACGUAGACAAAGACAGAAGCCACAAAAGGAAGAAAGGACUAAUGCAAAUGCAGGAAACACAAGUACCUAUAUAGGUGAAGACCUUUAUGAUUAUCCGCAAAUCAAAGUGGAUGAUCUCUCCCCUUCUCCAGCUUCAUCCCCUGAAAGAAGUGCUGGAAAUACAGAGGUCCGUAAAGAGAAGAUUUUUCCUUGCUCAGAGAAUGAAUCGGUAGAUAGGAAGAUCUAUAAAGCUUUUCGUUGGCUUCAUUAUUCUUACAUGUCUUAUACAGCUAAUAAAGAUGGUGAAUCUUCAUGUGGAGGUGGAGAAAGUGAGGGAAGACCAGGAACUAGUAGAAAAGCUCUUAGCAGUCAAGAUUCUGCUGCUGCUGAAAACCAUAACAAAGACAUUUUCAAGGAUCGUAACCCAGCAGAAACUUCUAGAAACAUUCAAGACCGUGAAUGUGAUAAUCAACGACCAGUGGAAGAUCAGGAAACCCUAGCCCAAGAUACUGGGAGUAGUGGGUCUGUAGAUCAUUCUUUUGAAGCUAAGAAGCUCAAUGGAAAAGCCAUUUGCAAGGAAAGAGUUAGUUGCAUUGAGGAGUCAUGCAAUCAACCUACAGGAUUUGUGGAACAGAAAAAUAACCAGAAUUGUCAAACAACAUCCAGCCAUAACCCACUGGCUGUUUCUAAGGAUUCAUUUUCUACUCCUGCCAAUGGUAAUGGAUCUGGAAAUUUCUCUAGAAACCAAACGGAUGACAGUGAGGAUAGGAACAUUGAUAAUUCCUGUACAAACUACAAUAAUGGCCACUUACACUCUCGUUCUCCUUACCUUAAUAAUGGACAGAGUUUUGUAGAGCAGGAAGCUCAAGGAAGACAAUUACACUUAAGUGUUGAUAAAGGCAGCUUUGUGCAGACAUGCACAUCAUUGCGCAAGGAAUGUUGCCUAUCUGCAACAGACUCUUCCAGUCACAGCAUGAGCAUGAAAGAGGAGGUUGCUGAAUUGCAUCCCGCAGACAGUGAUGGCUCACAAAACCAUGGACGACAGAAAAGGCACAGAGCAGAGUUUGAAGAUACAGAUUCUGAGAGGUCUUCCUCAGAAAAGAAGUUGAAAACACACACAGUCUGGUUCUGAAAUGUUGCAUUUCCAACUCUUCAUUCCAUUCUUCAGUGGGUCUAUUUUAAAUUGACAGGGGCUAUGUUGUAUAAAAAUCUAAUCAACUUCUUUAAAAUAAGACUGAGUAUAGUGUACCCUUACAAGGUUUUGCUCAAGUAAACACUGAUUCAGACAGUUGACUUUUUCUUGUGUGAUGUGUGGUGUUUGUUCAGCUAGCUACUUAAAGUAGCUAUUGUACAUUUUAUUCUCCUAAAAAUAAUUCUUAGCGUGUUGAUACUGUGGGGUGUUUUUUAGUCUGAGUUGAAUGAUAGGCAAAUGACAUCCUACAAAUGAUGCUUUUUGGAGUGUGGUUUCUGUUUAAGAAAACAGACAAAUUUGGAUGCAGCCUUUAAAACCUCUCAUGCUUCUGAAAUCUUAAGGAAGAAUUUAGUUUCGAAGCAACCUCAUGGUUUAUGUAUGUGAAGUAACAUCAACAGCUGUUAUGUGCUUGUAAUCCAUUGCUCAUACAUGAGGCAGGGAAUGGUUUUAUUUGAACUAGAGACUGUUAAGGUAGCAUCCAUAAUGAUCUUUCUUUUUUCUCUCAAACUAACUUUCUCCCAUCAUAUAGUAACAAUAGUAACCAUGUUGAAUGGGUUGGGAAGUAGAUUCACUUCCAGUUGAAAUUUGUUGAGAUGUGAUCCUAAAUGGGAAUUGUACUUCUUUUGCUUCCCCCAGACUAUGAUCUAAUUACAAAAUGACUUGUAUCUGUGAUAUUAAUGGCAGAGUCUAGAGAAGAUGGUUAGUCAGAUCAGAGGAGGAGAAAGAUGCAUAAUGGUGUGCCUAACAGAGUGUGAACUGAUUCUUGAGAUCUGAUUCUUUUUUUCCUUCAUUUUUUUAAAAGAACUGGUCUUAUUCGGAACAGUUGCCUGACUUUAGACACCCUCGUUUUACAGUCCUGCACUAUAUUACAAACAGUGCAGAUUGAUGUAUGGUUUCCAAUUAAACAAAUAUUUUUGUGUGUAUGGGCUAUCUUUGUGUUUUAUAGCAACUUAAAGUGGAUAUAUUUUUUAUAAUAGUUGUAUACUGAAGGGAAGACAUCUGGUAAAUUCUUCUGGGACACCAAUUAAAUAGUUUUCUUUGCCAGUCAGUUUUUACAUGUUACCUGCCUGUUAAUUAUGCUGGCUGGUACAAUCAUAUUCAGAUGAGUGGAAGACAGUUGUGUGUUUCCCAAGAUACUGUUGGCAUGCGCAGUUCACUUUUGGACGGGGUACUUGCCCCUUCAGUCUGAAAACUGCCCCUGCCAAAAUAGGUAUUCACCCUGUUAUGCAUUGCUGUUAGUGAAAGGUAGGAAUAACUUCAGUAAGAAUCCUAUUUCCACAUGCCCUAUAUUUACACAUCUAUUGAAUUUAUCUUUGGUCUAUAUCUUUGAAUAUAUUGAACCAUUUUGGAAAAGACACCUGUGUAAUUUUUUAAGGCACUGAGCCCAUCAACAGAUUCAGAGCUAUUGGUCAUGUUUUUAUUGCCAAAAAAACACAAUGAAUACGUCUCAAUUUACUUGCACAGAAGCUUGUGUAGAAUUGCAAGGCCCAGUUGAUUCACAGGAUAUGUAGUGUUCUGAGAAUUAUGCUAUACUAAGUUAACCACUGAAGAAUUAGCACUGAAGUGAAAAUAACAUGUUCUUAUUCACAAAGGUCAGAGGUAGCCAAAUUUUGGGGCCACCAGCAUAUGUGGAAUUUAAAAAGCAUUUUGUGGAGGCUGUCACAAAAUGACAAGCACGGGAGAAAUAUGCCUAUACUGAAAAUAGUUCCUGUGGUGGAUAUAGCAGCCAUAAUACAUGCAUUUAAUAAAUAUAAAUUUAAUAAAUAUAUCUGCUUACGAGAAGACAACAGAUGAGAUUGAUCCCUACCACCCCAUCUAAAAUGCUCUCUACUAAUCCAGCUUUUUUCUUUUGGUAUAGCAAUCAUACUGACAAAUGAAAUACCACAUUCCAGGCACUCAUCAUUUUCACCUUUCAAGCCUGCCUGUAAGGCUUAUGGUGUAAGGGUGGGGAGGACAAAGAGAAGCAUUCUUGGAGAUAAAGCUGGUGUUCUUGGAUGGCACUUUGAACUGCAGCAUGCUUUUUUCAAUUUAUUUCGUAAUAAAAAUAUAUUUUAAAAUUAGGAGAAAUGGGAGCCCUGGUGACCAGAAGGGAAGAUCCCAGGAGUAGAUUGGUGCCUAUAAGCUCUAUUCUACCUACUCCCCACAUAGGAACUUUCUAGAUUGCUGGAUCGUUGCUAUGAACCUAAGCCAAGGAAUGUUACCAAGAUAAAAUGAGAUGCCAAAUGUUCCAUGUAUGUAUUGAAGUUACUGUGCUAAGAAUGGGAAUAAAAAUGAUAAUUUGUUGGACCUUUGAAACUGAAUUAAAAAGGAAGUGCUUCUGCA